AUGUCCUUAGUUGAUGAUAUUCUGGAUGUGCUGUGCAUGGUCCUGGAGUAUUUUGGUGUACAUCCAGACAUGCUGGUUCCUGUGUGGGCUAGUCCUCUGUGUGGUCCGUAUCGCAGCGUUGUGAGGAUGAUCGGGUCCAAUCUCCCACUGGCACCAACUCCACGCGUCCACUUUCAGAUUCCUCUGGUUACUAACAGGCCAUAUGGAUACGUUGAUACAGUGGACACACCAGCAGUCCCCUCGUUCGCUGAUGUCCAGUGGGUAUUUGAUGAUGAAGGGGAGAGUUUUGCCAGGACCAGGAACCAUUUACCUCCAAAGAAGACCCAAGAUCUGAUCAGAAACCCUCGACUGCCUCCGACUCAAGCCCAGAGAGGAGGAACAGCUGUUAGACAGAAAACUAAUCCCGAAGCCCUACAAAAGAUCUCCGAGUUGGAGAGCGAACUGCUCAAACUCCGAGCUCAGAUAGCCAGGAUCGUUACUGCUGCUCCAUGCUCGGGUCUUACCGAGUCCCAGAAUCCUCCAGGUUCCCCUUUGAUGUUCCCUUCUUCAGCGCCGGCUCUCACCUCCACGCCUCGCAGUGCUGCUGCUCCUCCUCCUCCUCCACCACCUCCACUUCCUCCCUGCAUAACCACCUCCACCGAGACGGCAUCCGUGUUAGAGCUGAUCCAACAGCGCCACAUAAAGGAAACCGAUGCAGGUCUGCAGCAGACAAGGCUCAGCAAAGAGUUGAACAACAAACACCUUCCUUCCAUGCUGGAUGUUCUGAAGGACUUAAACCAAGUGAAACUGCGCUCAGUGCAAAGAUCACCGGGGGGUACACCAGCCAGGCGGAGACGCAGUAGAAGAAGCGCUGCGCUGCUUAGCGACCCAGCAGCUCUCAUUGCUGAGGCGUUAAAGAAGAAGUUCGCCCAGCAUCGACACAACGUCUCCUCAGACAAGGAGAAUUCGGUGGAGCUCUCUCCGUUUGGCAGUCCAGAAUCACCUCAGGUUUCUCUCCACAACAGACGCAGUCUGGGGCGCCGACAUUUUUAAUCUGUUU